AUGACAUGGUCACAAGCCCCGUUGUGUGCCUCUACCGCCAAGUGCCUCAUCAAUAGAAACAUGGUGCCUUUAGGACGGAAUUUCCUGACUAGGUCCAAUCGAAUAAUAGGUAUGAUCCUUUUGGGCAUUGUUGCCCGGAAUCAGCACGUUUCCGCCUUGCUGUCAGAUUUCUAUUCCCGAAUGCGCAUUAGCCGUAUGGUACAAACAUUCGACUGGGAGUUUUCCACAAGUUUGGAAGUGGGGAAUUUGGUAGAUUAG